UGGCACACUGCACCGGCUUUCACGCGCGAACAUAGAAAAGGGUUACAACGGGACCUCUUUCGCGGGCGCGCGAAAAUUCAAAUUUCGAACGCUCUUUAUUGAAAUUCAAAAACUUUCGUGAGUUCUGUUAUUGCAUGUGACGCUUUGACAAUAGACAUUAGAAGUGUUGUGAAACUGUUGACUACAAAUUAGCAGUUAACGUCUUCUUUUAACUUAGUUGUAUUUUAGUUUUUGAUUUAAUACUAGUCUGCAAUGGAGUGGAGUAAAAUAUUAUACACGACUAGUCUACUGGUGAUAUUGUUGAGUUGUUGCGGUGAUGUAAACAGCCAAGACGCGGCGUUUGAACUGCCGGUGCAGUUAGUGGGUUUCCCGGUCAUCAUCUUGAGUGUGCGACUCACAAACUUUUUGAAGAAACUUUCAUACUCUCUAAGUCCAGCCACAUACCGCUCGCGCAGCCGACGCCAGCUAGCCGCGGACACCGACCCGUUCGACGCGGCCGAGGUGGAGAAGUACAUCGUGGGCGAAUUCGGCGCGCGCGCGUGCGUCUUCGAGCGCGUGUGCGCGCAUUACGCGGCGCGUGCGCAGCGCAAUCCUAAACCCAGAUGGACUGGCCAGACGUAUUCAGCCACUACAAGCGUUCGUCCGACCAAGCGAAGGACUUCUACCUGCUGAGCGUGUUCCUCGGCGACAUCGUGGGGUCCCCACAGCUGUGCCACCAGCUCGGCAAGCGGCGGAGCUGUGACGAAGGCCUAUUGGAAGGUUCCUAGAUGUAGUCCGAUGACCACGGACUCAUUCGCAAUGUGUGAAUAAAUAAAUAAAUAAAUAAAUAAAUAAAAUAAAUAUUGGGGACAUCUUACACAGAUCAACUUAUCCCCAAACUAAGCAUAGCUUGUACUAUGGGUGCUAAGCGACGAUAUA